GACGGUUAUUCCACUGAUCAUCUGACGGCGAUUGACGUUUGAACGGUUAAACCCUUAACAGCCGUGACCUCUUCUAUUCCACCUCACUACUCCUUGACUUUGUCUGGAUCUUGUCAUUAAUACUAUCUAAUAUUUUUAUUUCAAUCAUCAAUCUUGACCUUUUUUGUCUUUCUUGAUAAAACUGUUAUUCUUUUGUUUUCUUUUAUGUCACUUUCUAAGUUUAGUUGUCAAUCAUUCCUUCUUCUCUGUAUUUUGCUAGAAUACUCUUAAUUACCUGCAUUUUUCUUAAUUUCCCACAUUUUUUUGUAGCAGGAAAGUGUUCAUAUGCUUCAAUUCCAUGCCUUUCAACUCAUUUCAUGUUUUGAUCCAGUAAGAUGCUAUCUUUUCGAAUUCUUAUGAAGUUUCCAUUAAUGGGUAUAUAAUUUCUUCAGCUUCUUGCUUUACAGUUAUCUUACUUUCUAUUUUUAGCAUGUCAUAACAUCCAAAAUAGUUCAUUUAUGUUGUAUUUUAGCCUUUUCACCCAUCAAUUUUGCUGGGUUUUUUGUUUGAUUUCCUGGGUUUUUGUUGAAUUGGGUAUAAUAUCCUUCAAACCCUGAAAUUUUUUCAGUUUAUGACCUCAAAUUUCCCUUUACUUAACACAUAUCUUGUUAGUUGUUACUCAUCCUAGGUUUUUCUUCAAUGCCCUAAAUUGUACUGAUUGAAUUUUUGAUCUGUUUGUCUUCAGUCAACCAAUCUGAGAACCCAUCUCCUUUUCUUUUUUAGUUAGUUCUUCCAUCUUCUUAUAAUCUAUAAUGGUUCCCAAACUUGCUAUAUUGGUUUUCUGUAUGUUGUUUAUUGCUUACUAUUUAAAGAAAGGUAGUGCUGCACCAACUAAUUACCUUAUAGACUGUGGAUCCCCUCAGAAUAAGACUAUCGGUAAUCGAAUUUUCAUGGCAGAUCGAUACUCAUCGAAAUUUCUGUCUACCCCACGAAAAAUAUUGGGGAGUACUUCUGGUAGCCAUGUUUCCUCCAAUUUGCCAAUUUAUCAAACUGCUAGAAUUUUCACUGGAUUAUCAAAGUUUACAUUACCCAUCACUCAUUUAGGAAGAUACUUCAUUCGCCUUUAUUUCUUCCCGUUUGAUCAUGGAACAUAUAGAAUGAACACAGCUAGAUUUAGUGUUUCUGCUCAAGAAUUUGUGCUCCUUAGUGAUUAUACUCCACCUAGGUCUCAUACAUUGAAAGAAUACUCGGUGAAUGUGACAUCGAACACCCUGGUUGUUACUUUCACCCCCUUGGAGAACUCAUUUGCAUUUGUUAAUGCUAUAGAAGUUGUUUCGGUCCCAGAUUCUCUGAUCGUAGAUGAUGCCAAUUUGGUUCGUCCGGCUGAGAAAUACACUGGUCUAGCGAGACAGACACUCGAGACAGUCACCCGGGUUAAUAUGGGAGGUCCAUAUGUCGGUUUUAAUAAUGAUACUCUUUGGCGAACAUGGGUUACUGAUGAUGGUUUUUUGUUGAAUGAUGCUUCUGGUGAAGAAGUGAGUAACAUCGGAGCUGUCAAGUAUGCUGGGGGCCUUGCGACAAAGUUUAGUGCUCCGCGUAGUGUCUAUGGAACGGCCAGAGAGAUGAAUUCCGCAAGUGACCCUACGGCUAACUUCAAUGUCACAUGGGAAUUCAAGGUGGAUAUCGGGUUUCAGUAUUUAGUCCGUUUUCACUUUUGUGAUAUAGUUAGUACUUCCUUGAACGAGCUGUAUUUCAACGUUUAUAUCGACUCCUGGUUUGUCCGUCAAGACACCGAUCUUAGUACUUUAACUGGCGGUGCUUUGGCCACCGCUGUCUUUAUUGACGCUGUCACACCAUUUGCAACUAGCAACAAGCUUCGGAUAGGUAUUGGGCCGUCUAAUAUAGGUGGGGUGUACCCAAAUGCUAUCUUGAAUGGUUUGGAGAUAAUGAAACUCAAUAAUUCUAAGUCAAGCCUUAGUGGGAAUCGUUUAGUGCCUUUAUCUUCGGAGAGGAGCUCAAAAGUUCAGGUUGGACUGAUAGUUGGUGUCGCUGUUGGAGGUGUUUGUGUCAUUGCAUUGGUAGUAAUCAUUUUCGUCUUGUGUAAAAGAAGGAAACAUACACGUCGAAGCGAUUCGAAAUCCUGGAUUCCUGUGUCCGUUGGUGGAGGGACUUCCCACUCGAUGGGAAGUAAAUACUCUAGUGCCACCGGUAGCGUUGAUUACAACUUGAGUUAUCGUAUUCCUUUUGCAUCGGUUCAAGAAGCAACUAAGAACUUCGAUGAAAGUUUAGUUAUUGGAAUCGGUGGUUUUGGAAAAGUGUACAAAGGUAUCUUGGGCGAUGGCACAAAAGUUGCUGUCAAGAGGGGGAAUCCUCGUUCCCAACAAGGCUUUGCGGAGUUCAGAACUGAAAUCGAAAUGCUGUCACAAUUUCGGCAUAGACACUUGGUUUCGUUGAUUGGAUAUUGCGACGAAAGAAAUGAGAUGAUUUUGAUUUACGAGUAUAUGGAAAACGGGACACUUAAAAGUCUUCUAUAUGGAUCAGGCCUUCCGAGCUUGAGUUGGAAACAAAGGCUCGAGAUAUGCAUCGGGGCAGCUAGGGGACUCCACUACCUUCACACCGGCUAUGCAAAAGCUGUAAUCCAUCGUGAUGUAAAAUCUGCUAACAUUUUACUCGACGAAAACUUCAUGGCAAAAGUCGCUGAUUUUGGGCUGUCAAAAGCAGGACCGGAAAUCGAUCAAACCCAUGUCAGUACAGCCGUCAAAGGUAGUUUCGGAUACCUUGAUCCCGAAUAUUUCAGGAGGCAACAACUUACCGAAAAAUCAGACGUGUACUCAUUUGGGGUGGUCCUUUUCGAAGUGCUUUGUGCAAGGCCGGUUAUAGACCCGACCCUUCCUAGGGAGAGGGUGAAUCUAGCCGAAUGGGCAAUGCAAUGGCACAAGAAAGGGAAACUAGAUCAAGUCAUAGACCCGAGUCUUGCGGGGAAAAUAAAACUCGAGUCGCUCAGAAAGUUUGGAGAAACAGCAGAGAAGUGUUUGGCUGAUUUUGGUGUCGAUAGGCCUACAAUGGGAGACGUUUUAUGGAACUUGGAGUACACUCUUCAACUUCAGGAAGCGGUUAUUCUAGACGAUCCUGAAGAUAACAGCACGAAACUGAUCGGUGCUUUAUCUCCUCAAGUCCAUAAUUUCAGCGAGAAUGAUAACAGUGUUAGUUCUGUGCAACCAGGAAUGAGUACUGACGAUGAUCAUUCUGGUGUAUUCUCGCAGAUAUUACACACCGAGGGUCGUUGAAGAAGCAUCCUGCAGUCGAGAUAUUUUCGAUGUCAUCAAAGAAUGUGCUCGUUUCUCGCGUCUACAUAUUGAUAGAAAACAAGUAGGAUUAAGGGUUCUGUUUUUGUUUACUCAUCAUGCCUCCAAUGAUCUUUUUUGUUUGUGCUUAGUUUUGUAUACUCUGAAGUAUUAUAUGUGUUCUUGUAGGAAAAUGAUGUGCACUAAUUGUAUUGUUCAUGAUGAUUAUAAAGCAUGCCUGGUUAGGCUUAUGAGUA